GUUAUCCCAGCAUCUAAAUGGUCUUUGGAAGCUUAUACAAACUAUAUUCUUGAACAAUCUGAUCUUACAAUCAACUUUGAACAAGUACUCACCAAUUUCAUGGAAAGUAUAUACUAUUUUUCACAUUUCAGUUUGGUAAAUUGUCAUCCAAUAUUGAAUCCAACUUAUUUGUCAUUACAAACGUUGACAGGUAGGUAUGUUAUCAAAGCAUGUCGUAAGUUCUUUGAUGCUAAAGUAUUGCUGAAAAAGAAGGUUGACAUGAAAGCUGUUGUUGAGGAAACAAUCAAUGUUACUUCUCAUACAGAAGCAUUUGAAUCUUAUUUACAACCUUCUUUUCUCUCAAACAUUGAGUCUUCACUAUUUGAAUCCGAAACUCCAUCACCGCAAUCACCCUUUGGUUCAAUAUCUGUAAUAAGAACACCUAAUAAACGACCAUUUGAAAAUCCAGAAGUAAAGAAGUACUGUCAAGAUUCUACCGUUAUUUGUGCAUUUGGAAUGAAGCAAAAAGACCUUGAAGCAGAAAUUGGUAAAGAAUUGACCCAGGAGGUGCUUUCAACGUGCAAAUUUAACCCUCUUCUAUGGACAUCAAAAUUGGAAGAAUACAUUGACAGUGCACUCAAGAAAAAUGGAAAUGAAUUCAAGAAGGCACUACAAGAGAGUGUGGAUACUGGAGAUUAUCUUUUCAAUCUGUAUUGUGAGAAAAUUCUUAUUGAUUUGUAA